UGUAAUUUAAUUUCAGUAAAAUCCCAGGUGCUCUAGUCAGAUAGGGAUCAAUGGGAACAGUGGUUGUCCCAUCAUUGGAAAGUUGUGGGUUUGAAUCCAAUGUUUGCUGCAAUUUAGACCGACCAGAGUCUAUUCCCUUGGAUAGUCCACUUUGUUAGGGCGCGUGUGAAAGCUCAUCUGAACUCUGGAGUAAGUUUUGGUUCACCGUUACAGCCUCUUAGAGGGCGAUAAGGUGCUGGUUUGUACACCGUCUGAUCAGAGAAGAGAAGAACAGAGAAUAGUCAUCUCUCACAGUGUAUUAAUGCAGUUUUUGUUUCCUUGUUGUCGGACUGGAUGGUAUGAGUUAUGCUUUCAGAUAGUCGUUGCUCAGAACCUCUCAACAGAAACCCACUUUAAAAAAAAUUACAUUUUGCUUAUCUGUUGUUACAAAAACAAAGUACAUCAAGGGCCAUUUUAGGCCCCUCUAGCGCGUGUGUGACGUAGAUGAGUAUGUGCGCGUGAGACUGAAGACUUCAGUCUUCUUCAUCCACUAACGGACAUCAGGACACAGGAACAUCUAAGCGGAGUUUGGAUGGGUGCAUCUCUGCAUCAAUCCUGACAUCCUCACACCUCCUCUUCCUCACACCUCCUCUCCCUCUCUUUCGGUCAGCGCGUGCCUCUCGGAUGGAGCAGCAGCUCGCGCGCUCGCAGGAAACGCACAGCGCGAGCUCACUCACACUGCUGAACAGGAGCAAUGACAGCUCUUCCUCCUGGACCUCCUCCUCCUCCUGGCGGGAUGGAGGGAUGCUGAUCAGGAGCGCUUCAUCAUCACCGUCAUUACUGUCAGCGCCGCCAUCAUCAUCAUCAGCACCAGGAGCGGAGAGAGAGGGAGGCAGGGAGGGAGGAGCAGCGCUCUCUGUGGGCUUAAAAAGUUGAGGAGGAUCCGGUUUAUUACCGGAGUACCGGAGGGGGCUCGGACCUAAUCCUUCCCUCUGAGACGGACGCUGUUUUUCUGGAUUCCCUGGAAAACAAACCCCGUGGUUCUGGAUGGAUUUCUUGUGGAUUCCGGGUCAAUAACGGACCUUUUUUCACCCAGAACCUGAUCUCCGGUGUGGUGUAACGGAAAUCUGCCGUCAAAAAUUUGGAGAAAAACCUCCACUUUAUUUGACCUUUUUUCAUGUUCCGGUGUUUUAUCGGUUCGGUGGGUCGGUGACCGGUCCCAGGAGAAUUCACGCUGAUCUAAACGGAUCAAUAACAGAUUUCAGACGUGAGUCCGGCGGCUUGCCCAAACGACCGGUGUGGGGUGUAACGGAUCCCGGGACGGCUCCGUGGUGACCGGCGUCUGGCCCCCAGGGACUGAGAAAAGCAGGUGUUGGGGAGGUACUCUUCUGGACAGGUCUGGUACCCUGGAGGGACCGAGGUUAGCCGAACGCUUCCGAACGGACCAAACGGUGGGAAAACAGAAGUUCCCAGAGGAUUUUAGUUUUUUUUAACUAUCUGAUUAAACAACUAUUUUGCUCAUUAACGUUCUAAUUACUUUCAUAAAAGUUAAAUGAUAAAUUCCCCCAAUUUUCACCUGUUAGCUCAGAUUGGCAUCCAUCGGUUAGCAAUCAAUUUUAUUCCAGAUUAUCAAUAAAUUUGUCACUUUUAUUGCCAGCUACAGUUUGAAUCCCAUUUAUCCAUAAAUUCCUAUUCAGUUUUAAUCCGUUUCAUUCCCGUUUCAAUCGAUUGUAAUCCCAUUCCAAUACAUUUUAAUCCAAGUUAUCAAUACAUUUUGGAUCCAAUUUCAAAUACCAGUUAUCAGUUCUAAUCUCAUUUUAAUCAACCUUAAUCCCAGUUACCAAACCGUUUUUAAUCUCAUUCAUCAAUGAGUUUUAAUCCCAGUUAUCAGUCAGCUCUGAAUCUGUUUCAAUUUGGAUUGUCAAUCGAUUCUAAUCCCAGUUCAAUCCGUCGACCACAUGAGGCGAGAAGGAGUGAAUUAUCUCCUCCUCGGUGAAAUAAAUCCACAUGGUGGCUGUAAAUUAUCCACUUAAACUUCUCCAGAGAAGAAACUGUGAGCCAGCGCAUGCAGUGAGGGUUUUUAGGCAUCACAUAUUAGCAGUUAAAGCUCUGAUUAUUUCUAAUAAAGGCAGACACAGUUUAAACUGCUCAUCUGGUUAAUUUUAACAGUUUUCAGCUCGAAUAUGAGCAGAAAAUGAUGGAAACCCAAAACCUAACUAAAGUUUAAAGAAAUUGGUCAAAUCUACCAAUCCCAACCUUUUGUCCCUAUUAGAAUAAAUUUAUGAUCCAAACUCCGUCAGUAAAUUAGACUUUGAUCUAAUUUAAAACCCCUGACUUUGCCACUCCACACUGACCUGAAUGUUCGGCAAGGCGUUUUAAUCUCCAGCUGUGUCAUCAUACUAAACACACGAGGGUCCGAAUGGGGUUUAUUUAUGCUUUAUUGCAGGUCUGGAGGAACUUUAACUCUGAACAAAUUAACUUUACAGCCACCUUCGGACAAUAAGUCGACGCUUUGAGUCCCCUGGGUUGGUUGAUGACCUCUUAUGGUGGAUGUUUGCUGCUCAGCUGAACAUAUUAAUCUUUUCCUUUUUUUUGAGGCAACUUCUGCAAAGAAAUUCAAGUCUUUUUCUCUUGUGGAGGUGUCUAAUUUAGCUUCGGUAGCUAGUCUCGUGUGAAGGUCUAUGGAUGGUGCUCUCGCUGUGUAUCCACAUCCUCAACAGCAUACCACCUCCUCCUCCUCCUCCUCUUCCUCUUCGUCUUUCUCCCUCUCAGUGACCUGUUCAGGUGAAAUCGAGACAUGAGGCAUUGAUUUUCUUCUCACCGCAAAACCAAAACGUACUUGAUCAUCUUAUCCAUCCUGGCUUGUCACGUUUGUUGGUGGUAAUGUAAGAAGGAGUCAGAGCUGAAGGACGUUUAUAACAGUCCGGCACUAAGGUCAGAGGUCAUACCUGCUGGAGUUUCAGCAGCAUGGACUGCAGGUAGAUCCCAUCAAACAAGCAGCUCAUCUGGAAUCAUCUGGAAACCAGUCUGAUCGGAGCGUGCAUGAAUGCUUUCCUGAACUGGUUUCCAUAGGAACAUUUAAUGCUCAAUGGGACUCAACGACAGCAGUCCCGGCGCCAUGCGGAACGGCCGCGGCCUCUCCGACCAAUGGGCGGAGUCGGUGGUGGUCCGGCCUCGAACCACAGAACGCCACAUCACGGUGCACAAGCGUCUGGUUCUGGGCUUUGCCCUGUCCAUCAUCACUCUCAUAAUCGUGACGGCGGUGGCUGUGACGCUCAGCCUCCGCUUCGAUGACUGUGGAGGACAGGAUCGCAGCGGAGGUAGAGGGGAGACAGGUUCCAGAGGGUCCGGGAGGUUCAAUGGGAGCAGAGGGGAGAGGAUGGGGGAGAGAGGGGACGAAGAGGUGGUCCAGCCAUGGAAAAAUGCACGGCUUGUGGGCUCGGUGAGGCCGCGGCACUACGACCUGCGGCUUGCCGUCUACAUGGACAACUUCACCUUCUCUGGAGAGGUCAGCAUCGAGCUGGAGUGCGUCAACGCCACCAGGUUCAUAGUGCUGCACGCUGAUCGCCUCGAGGUGGACCGGGUGUCCGUUACAGCCGAGAGCAGCGCCGGGGGGCGUUCAACCAACAGACCGGGGGGCGGAGUCAUGCGCAUCCACCGCCACUUCCCCUACCCGGCCAAUCAGAUGUACGUAGUGGUGCUGCACCGCGAGCUGAAGCCAAUGAGAGUUUACCGGCUGAAUGUGAGCUUUGACGCCGCCAUCGAGGACGAGCUGCUGGGAUUCUUCAGGAGCUCGUACACCCUGCAGAGGGAGAGACGGUACCUGGCGGUGACUCAGUUCAGCCCAAUCCACGCCCGGAAGGCCUUCCCCUGCUUCGACGAGCCCAUCUAUAAGGCCACCUUCUCCCUGAGCCUCCGCCACGACCCACAGUACACAUCCCUGUCGAACAUGCCCGUGGAGAGCAGCUCACCGGCGGACGAGGAUGGCUGGGUGACCAACCACUUCGCUCGGACGCCCCGCAUGUCCACCUACUACCUGGCGUGGGCUGUUUGCAACUUCACCUACAGGGAGACGCAGACCAGCGGUGGGGUGACGAUCCGCCUGUAUGCCCGGCCGGAUGCCAUUUCGAGCGGCGCGGGGGACUACGCUCUUCACAUCACCAAGAGGCUGCUGGGAUUUUAUGAGGACUACUUCAGAGUGCAGUACUCCCUGCCAAAGCUAGACUUACUGGCUGUUCCAAAGCAUCCCUACGCAGCCAUGGAGAACUGGGGGCUCAGUGUCUUCGUGGAGCAGAAGAUCCUGCUGGAUGCCGAGGUGUCCUCGUUGCCCUAUCAGAUGGAGCUCACCAUGGUGGUCGUCCAUGAGAUCUGCCACCAGUGGUUCGGUGAUCUGGUGACCCCGGUGUGGUGGGAGGACGUCUGGUUGAAGGAAGGCUUUGCUCAUUUCUUCGAGUAUGUUGGCACAGACUUCCUGUUCCCAAAGUGGAACAUGGAGAAGCAACGCUUCCUGACCGAUGUUCUCCAUGAGGUGAUGCUGCUGGAUGGGCUGAGUUCUUCCCAUCCUAUAUCUCAGCAGGUGGAAAAGGCGACAGACAUCGACCGGGUUUUUGACUGGAUCGCCUACAAAAAGGGGGCGGCAUUGAUCCGGAUGCUGGCAAAUGUGAUGGGACAGCCGCUGUUUCAGAAGGGACUCAACGAUUAUCUCCUGAGUCACAUGUACAGCAACGCAGCCAGAGAUGACCUAUGGAGCAAGCUAACUCAGGCCAUGCAUUCAGAAGGGCGGGACAUUGAUAUCGGAGAAAUGAUGGACAGAUGGACUCUACAAAUGGGUUACCCUGUCGUCACCAUCAGCAAGAACCAAUCGGAACAACUGCCAACCCAUUACAUCACCAUCACCCAGGAGCAUUUCCUGUAUGGAGAGGAAGUCAGAAACAACAUCAGUUUACAGUGGCAGGUCCCUUUGACCGUCGCCGUGGGAAACACAUCCACCAUCUGCUUGGAGAGCCUCAUCUGGAUCAACAGCAGGACAGAAAUUCAUAAGAUUGGUCAGAUGGAUGACAACACCUGGCUGCUGGGAAACAUCAAUCAGACCGGCUACUUCCGUGUGAACUAUGACCUCCAGAACUGGAAACUGCUCAUUCAGCAGCUCCACAGCAAUCCUCAAAUCAUUUCUGUUGGAAACAGAGCAGGUCUCAUCGAUGAUGCCUUCAACCUGGCCAGGGCGGGGUACAUCCCACAGGGCAUUCCUCUGCAGCUGAUUGGCUACCUGCCAGGGGAGACAUCCUUUCUGCCGUGGCACGCUGCCAGCCGAGCACUCUACCAGCUAGACAAACUGUUGGACCGCACAGAUGACUACAGGCUGUUCAGUGAUUAUGUGCUGAAGCAGGUUGCGUCACGGUACCAUCAGAUGGGCUGGCCAACAAACGGACCAGGAACAGAAGGAAACAUCCUGCAGGCGUCCUACCAGACUGAAGAGCUGCAGAGGGAGCUCAUCAUGUUGGCCUGCAGCUUCGGCAACAAGCAAUGCCACCGUCAGGCUGUCGCUUACAUCUCUGACUGGAUCUCCAGCAACAAGAACAGGAUUCCUCCUAACAUCCGAGACAUAGUUUACUGCACCGGGGUCAGCCUGAUGGAUGAGGACGUGUGGGAGUUUAUCUGGAUGAAGUUUCACUCGACCAUCGCUGUCUCAGAGAAGAAGAUUCUGCUGGAGGCCCUGACCUGCUCUGAUAACACCUUCCUCCUUAACAGGUUACUGAACCUGUCUCUGACCUCAGACCUGGUUCCCGAGCAGGAUGUGAUUGACGUCAUCAUCCACGUUGGCCGAAACCCUCAGGGUCGGAAUCUGGCCUGGAAAUACUUCAGAGACAAGUGGGACAUCCUGAAUGCCCGAUAUGGUGAAGCUUUGUUUAUGAAUUCAAAGCUCAUCGGAGGAGUCACAGAGUUCCUCAACACAGAGCGAGAACUCAAUGAGUUAAAGGAAUUUAUCCAGUCCAGCGGUGUUGGGGCGGGGCCUGCGCUGGCGCGAGCGUUGGAGAUCGUUGAGGGGAACGUCCGCUGGCACCGCUUACAUCGGCGGCAAUUCUACCAAUGGCUCCGCAAAUCUCCGGGUUCCACCUUCGGCUAACCCUGCGCCGGCUUGCUGGAGUGAAGCUAUAUCUGACUGCUGAACUUAUGCACUUCUAGCCAACGGACGCAGUCAGAACAACCAAACUGGCCUGACUGGUUAAGAGGCUGGUUUCUGAACUGGUUUUGUUUUAAAAGACGUUUAAUGUGUUCAUCCAUGGUGGAAACUUUAUUUCUCAACAUGAAGCCGUUUUGUGGUCAAACUGUGCUGUGAAAACGUAACAAAGGUUGAUCCAGUAAUGGUGAGCUAGCCUCAGAUUUUAUAUUAAUCAACUUCAUAUAGAACCACCAGAAACAUCUAGAACUUCAGAAUUUAAAGAAACCCAGAAUGUUGGACCAACACAUUUGUGAUUUUUUUCUAUGGUAAACUCGCCACUCUAUACCUUCAAACCGUUAGCUGUUCGCUUAAUUUUUACUGCUCUCCACUAAGAGAAUGUAAACUGGUUGUAAACAUCUGGAGGUUAAUGAAACUUUAGCCAUGCAAGUGAUAUUUUCUUUUUAUAUCUUCUUUUUAUUUACCAUGCUGCUGUAGCCCCACUAUAAUGCCCCAAAAUCUACAUUGGUGGCAUUAUGGUAAGGGUACAGCAUCAGUUCAGAGAAUCUUCUAAAAAAAUUUAAAUGUUCCUAAAUUUAACGAUGUGAUCAGUUAAAUAAUGCUAGGUUUGUUGCUUUUUAAAAAAAAGAGUUGCCAGAGGGGUUUAAAAAUUCGUAAAAUAUAGCAGCAAAGUUGGAAACCCUGGUAAUGGAGCUGACCAAUCAGAAAAAAGGGACCAAUCAUCAGAUCACUGGUGCUGACCAAUCAAAGCAGACUGGGCCUUUCAAAAAAAAUGUAAUAUUAAAUUAACCCGAAAGCACUAUAUGCAAACAGCAUUUAUACCUUUUUGUUCUGGGUAGCAUAUCACAUCAGUUUAAAAAUUUUACUUGUUUGCUUAGUUUAACCAGCUUUCGGCUGAAGGAAGAUCCCCAAACCCCCCCCCCCCCCCCCCCCCCCCCCCCCAGCCUUCAGCACGUCCAUCACUCCUGUAAUUAACACUGUUUGAACCAUAAGCUUUUCACAACAUUCAGGCCGACGCUGCUUGAAUUUUAACAGCAAAAACUUCAACAGUUUGAAGCUUUUGUUGCUUCAGAAACGUCCUCAGAGUGAGAAAUAAAAAAUAAAAAGAGGUUGACAGCAGUUUGAGCAUUUAGUAGCAAACCACAGAAAGCCCCACAUGUGGAGGAAUAAUUGUUCUCUGAUGAGCGACAAUGUUCUGGUCAGUCAUUUGUUUUAAUGAGCUGCAGAAUGUUUGAAGAUUUCAACGAAAAAUACAAAAAUUGCUCCAAAAUAAAACACGAUGCUUUUAGACAGUUUAUUCUAGCAGGUUGAAAAAAAAUAACGGUUUGUAAACGUUUGAUGUGUCACCGUCCAACAGCACUUUACAACAAACCUAUUAAUUAUACAUUAAGGUUUAAAAUUUCAGUCUUUUUCUGUUUAAGGCAGAGAUCAAUUUUCAGUUUAUAAGUUUAAAAUGUUUACCUGAGAUGUUAAAAUCCCAAAUGCAUCAGAUCCUGAAGGAAUAUGUGAGUCAAUAACAGAAAGAAGCUGAAAAGUAAACAUGGACAUUGUUCAGUCAUAUCAGUAUUAACUCAUUCAGUUUUAAACCAAGUUGCUUUCUGCUCCGUUGCUUCAAAUCAAAUGAUUGACGUCUUUCUAUUUGAAGUUGCUGGAAACAGUAAUUCUGCUGUGAUUUUGGGAUUUCAUGACCCUGCAGAGCCUCUAAUUCUAAUUUAAAACCCUUCAAAAGAAAUGAUGCAAAUAGAACAAGGUAAUUUUAAAAACGGAGAAUAGUUUGAGAUGGUUUUUAAUCAGCCAUCCCUUACUGCAGAGUCUUGCAUCUCCAGAUAAUAAUCAGUGGCUGAGGUUUUAUUCAUUCAAACACAGAUUUGAUGCACAGAAUCUCCAAGUUUCAGCUUUGAAGGUUUUACAUAAACUUACACAAGAAGAACUAAAGAGCUCAAACUAUAUAGACCCUAAAUGUCUCUGGAAGUGACCUGCAGCGUAUCAAGUAGAUCCCUGAAACCUGACAGGAUCUAAAGCUAAUCUGGUCCAAUUGCAUUUCCAAAACUUCAGAUUUUAAUUCUAAUCAGCCAAUCUUUGAAGUGACGAAGCAUAAUACCAACAACAACAAAAAUUUGUCAACUCUUUUUUUUUCUGUCCUAAAAUGGAGACUAAAAUCCGCUGACUCAGCUGUGUUGGAGUUCAUCCUGCCCAGGUUAAAUAUGUGCUGUUUUAUAUGCAGACGAUGUGGCUUUUUACAGGAGCAUUUCUUAUGUUGACCCGAUGAAUCACAGGUGGUCUUCUACAGACUGUGUAAGAGACUGGACACCAGUAUGGAAAACCUUUUGGACCUUACAGUGAGACCAUGCCCUGAUAGACCUCACAAAGUUUGGAAUUUGACCUCGUGUUCAUUUGAAGGACAACCGGUACAUAAUAAUCGUUUUUGUGUGCACCGUAAAUGUUUUUUGGGCGGUAAGAAGCACCAAAUCGCAGGACUUUAGGGCUUGUUAGACAGCUUUGGGUUUGUAGUUUGGUGGAUUUAAAACAUUUAAGCCCACAUCAAUCCGUUGGACAUAUCUAGUUGUUUAAGAGUCUUCACCAACGGUGGAUUCUGUGGACACAUUAUGGAGAAUGUGAGGAACUUAACACAGAUUGUACAAUUUAUUUUGCUCCGGAAAACAGUGCUGGAUUGGACCUUGCAACUGAUCUCUAAUGUGUGGUGAGUCUUAACUCCAAAAUCUCCUCAGUGGAACACAUGAUGGACAUUUGCAGAACCUCAGAAGUCUUUUGGGACAUGACCUUUGAAGGAUGAGAAUUUCUGUCAAACUGAAGACACUUUUGGGAGAUGUUCCUCUGCUGUUUGAUCCAGCUUUGAUGUUCAUAACUGAGCCAUAUAUGAAUUAACGGGCCUGCCUCCUCCUAUACAGUCUGUGUCCAGUGUUGUGUGAGUGUGUGAUGAAGAUGACAAUGAUAAGGAAAACAGCAGAAUGAAAACAGCUAACUAAGAGUCUGGUUAUUAAAAACUUUAAUUGCAUCAGGAGAAAGAUGAUGGCACUGUUAGCUGUGAUAAUUGCUGAUGUGAAAAAGCUAAUAACUGUGUGCAUUAUCAACCAUAAAUGUCCAGUCAGGGAAAUCUGGUUUACAAGUAUGAAAACACACCACAUGUAAAAUAAACACUGUAAAUGAUACCAACAUGAUAUAUUAAAAAAGGGAGGAAUCUGAAACUGUUUGUGUUGGUAAAUAUGGUAUUUAUGAUGAUGGAGGUGCACAAUUGAACUCUGAAGGAAACAGGAAGCUGCAAGCAACACUUCAGUCCUACUUCCUGUUUACAUUGUUUUGGUUUCUUGUGUUGGACCAUUUAAAAAUAAAAAACGGUGACCCUGAA